GGACAUUGGCUUCUGUCCUUGAAGACGAUCGUAAGUUAACUGUUUCUUACUGAAUAAUAAUAACACAUGAACGGAUUGCGUCAUAAUUUGCUGGAUCAUCAAUACCAAAAUACUCACCUGCGGAACAGAAUCCAAGAUAUUGAUGUCGAUCAUAGGAUCGUGUUCUCCUUUGAACAGAACGCACAAUUGUGCGAUAUGACUAUCGACAGCGUCGAGUCUCGCUUACUACUUGUUGGAUCACAGGACGGCCACAUAUAUGUAUUUGAUGUUGAAGACCCACGUUUUUUUAGUCUUGACUCAGUUAAACACACUUCGAUUGCAUCUGUUUGUAACAGAAGUAAAGGUUCAGGAUUUCUGUCAAAAGGAUCCCCACUCGUUUGUGUACAAUGGUAUCCAGUUGACAGUGGUUCUUUCACUUCGGCGUCAGCUAAUAAAAUGCUUGGGAUAUGGGACACCAACCGCCUUGAAGUAUGUCUAACUUUUCCAAUAUGUUCAUUAUGUUUGUAUAAAGUCCUGUUGCACAAGUUUGUUGUAGAUUUCCACGAUGUACUUAUUUUCACCGGUGUGAAAUAUUGGCCAUUGGUUAGAAUUCUGUACAAAUAUGAUUGCACUUGUAAGUGUGAAGUGCAUACAAACCGAGUCUUAGUCUUGAUAGUCCUGAAUACCGACCGAAUCAUUCAGUUCAGAAUUCGCCAUAACUUCCUUGUGUACGGUUUUAUGCAUGGAAAUUCUAUGCGUCACGUCAGUAAGUUUCGCCCAAAGUUUGUCCUGGUUAUCUAUGUCACCUGUGGCAUGUAGUCACAAUCUGAUCGCAGUUAGUCUGGGACCAUGUAGUGGUGAAUCAACUGGCCGCGCCGUUUUAGUUGAUCCUCUUAUGGGUUGUACGGUCACUACACUACUUGGAAGUCAUUCUCAAUCAGGCCUUACACAAGUUACUUGGUCCCCUAGGGCUGCUUACGUUGUUGUUACAGGAGGGCGUGAUGGGAGAGUACUGUAUUGGGAUAUCAGGUUUCCUACAAAACCGAUAUAUUCUCUGAACAGAGAAAAUGAUCCACAAAGUGAUUUGGGAUAUUCUAAUGAAGCUAUUGCACAUACAGGACCUGUACUAGGCCUCAAAUUUUCAUCAGAUGGUUUGCAUUUAAUUUCAUGGGGUGGUUCCGGUUUAACCGUAAAUGCUGCAUCCCUUCGUCUUUGGACGUCUGGUCCUGGUGAUUGUGAGCAAUCAUCACAUAUUCCUAGAUUGCGUCCCGUGAACUUUGGAAACAUAAUUCUCAACUCGGAAAGUAACCAAAUUUCUGACGCUGGGAAUCAAACUUUUACAAGUUCUAAUUCCUCAGGAAGUGGGAAUCAGAGUCCACAAUCGUCUGUUUUGCCAAUAAGAUUGGAUACCGCACAUAUGUCAAUAGGCGAUUUGUGGGGAGCUCCAUCGUUAUGUAUUUUUGUUCCUGUAAAAAACCGCUUAUUAAUUGCUUCAGCGUCUAAACACAACACAUCGACUAAAAUUAUAACGCGACACUUUUCAAAAAUACGUGCAUGUGUUUGGAACGAUCGUCGUUUAGAAUUGUAUACCUGCGGAGCUGACGGAAAUCUGUUUACAUGGCCCAUUCUUCCUCUUUCAAGCAGCAAUGUGAUUGAUGAUGAUCAAUUUUAAUUUAUACACCUUAGUAUUUUGUAAAUAAACAUGUAUAGUGAUAAUUGAAAUCUUAUAAUUAACUAUUGC